GAAAACCCGAUUAAUCUCCCUUUCGGCCUUUGGAAAUAGUUGGUGUGGGAGGUGGAAGCGUCUGAAAACACCGCCCCAGCUGGCCCUGUCCCGUCAGGUCCCUUCACGACACCGCGUAGUAGUGUCUUGUGCUCGGUUCGGACACUUGCUGGCCCUGAGUUAAUGAGGAAAGCAAGAUAACAUACGAUACCGGUACUGUUGUAUCAACCAUUGCUCAGUAGCAGGAUAGUUUGUCCUUCAAGGGAAAGACAUCCUUUUACCACAGGGGGAAGGUCUUCAGUUGCAUCUAUUGCUUCUGUGCAGAUUAAAAGCAAGUGAGUAAUGCUUCCUCGUUUAACAUUAAGAAGGCUCUUGGAGGGUCAUCAUGUUAGCUGCCGAGCCUUGGGAGUCCGGUUGUUGGGGAGUCACCACAACCACCAGAGGGAGUGGAGUGGACAGCAGCAGCAAACAAGACACAAGCAACAAGUAUUGGCAACAUUGGCUGGUGUUGGUGCUGGCAUUGCUCUGUGGAUGAAGUACAAUCACCAAACAGCAGCAGCCAAGUUAGAGACUGCAGAUGAGACACAAAAGUAUGGUGUGUACCAGAAUGGACUACCAGAGUACACACUUGAAGAUGUGUCAAAACAUGCCACCAUAAAGGACAGAGUGUGGGUGUCCUUCGGAUCUGGAGUAUAUGACAUAACAGACUUCAUUGCUAAGCAUCCAGGUGGGGACAAAAUUCUUCUGGGUGCUGGAGGAUCAGUGGAACCCUUCUGGGCUCUGUAUGCAGUACACAAAAAUCCUCAUGUGUUGGACUUGUUUGAGCAGUACAGGAUUGGAAACCUGGCAGCUCAGGAUGUUGGUGAAUCAGUCAAGAACAUGGACGAUCCUUAUGCCAAUGAACCCAGAAGACACAUCACAUUGAAGCCAUCAUCCAAACAGCCUUUCAAUGCUGAACCACCAUUAUCACUUCUCGUAGACAACCUCAUCACCCCAAAUGAGUUGUUUUAUGUGCGUAAUCAUCUGCCUGUGCCAGACAUUGAUGCAUCAACAUAUGAACUGGAGUUGUUUGAUGAAGAAUCACAGAAAGAAAAGACACUGACCUUGAAGGACAUAAAAAAGUAUCCCAAACAGACAAUCACUGCCACUGUCAUGUGUGCUGGCAACCGCAGGUCAGAAAUGAUCAAGGUUAAACCAGUUAAAGGAUUGAGCUGGGGUCAAGCAGCCGUUGGAAAUGCAACCUGGAGUGGAGCACGAUUGUGUGACGUCCUCAAAGACAUGGGGAUUGAAGAUGGCAAGACAAGUGCUGUGCAUGUGCAGUUUGAAGGACUUGACACGGAUCCUACCAGCAUGCCAUAUGGAGGUAGUAUUCCAAUUGAAAAAGCAUUGGACCCACAUGGAGAUGUCAUUUUGGCCUAUGAGAUGAAUGGAGAACCCAUCCCUCGUGACCAUGGCUACCCAGUCAGAGUUAUUGUUCCUGGGGUCGUUGGAGCCAGGAAUGUCAAAUGGCUCGGGAGAAUUAUUGUGUCAAAAGAUGAGUCUAAUGCACACUGGCAGCAAAAUGAUUACAAAGGCUUUGCACCCAAUGUGGAUUGGGAUACAGUUGACUUCAAGAAAUCUCCUGCAAUCCAAGAAUUACCAGUUAUCUCAGCUAUUUGUGAACCCUUAGAAGGAGAGACAGUAAAGGUGAAGAAUGGCAAAAUAAAAAUUAGAGGUUAUGCAUGGAGUGGUGGCGGCAGGAAGAUUGUUAGGGUUGAUGUCUCUAGUGACGAAGGCAAAAACUGGCAGGCAGCUGAUGCGCUGGAGUCAGAUAAAGCACGCCAUCCUCGAGCAUGGGGCUGGACCAUCUGGACAGCAGAAGUACCGGUACCUAAGGGUAAGUCUAAGGUGCAGCUGUGUGUCAAGGCUGUAGAUUCCCAGUACAACACUCAGCCAGAAAACUUUGAAAACAUAUGGAAUCUUCGUGGGGUGCUGAGUAAUGCUUAUCACAGAGUUAAUAUUAAUUUGGCUAAGUAAUUUUGUGCCAUAAAUGUUUAGAUGGCAUACUUAAGUCAUUGUUCAAAAUGAAAUGAAAUAGAUGAAUAUGAAAAGUAUUUUUAGUGGACUAUCCAAAAAGUUACAAAAAUAAUAUAUUUGUUAUUUUCUUAAUGUAUCAAAAAUGAUAGUCCUGACACAUAUGUACAGUGCCCUUGCAUCCAGCGUGUGUUUGUCCAGGGCCUUUCGUGUCCAAUGCAGCAAUUUUGGGAUAUUAUUAUUAUUAUUGUAACACAUUUAAAAUGGUCCAACGUGUAACUAACCGUGGCCCACAAGUGGCCCAAAUCCACAAAUUUCUGUAACACAUGUAGUCUAUGCAUGUAAGAAUUUUUAUUGUAUUUUUAAGGUUUACUCGACUUUCAAUUUCCAACUAAUAUGGGGCAGCACCUGUCUGGGAAUCCGAAAUUGCUACAAUCUGGGGAAACGGCCCAUUCACAGACGUUUACAAUACUCUCUGACAGUCGCCAAUAUUCAGUACUUGCCCUGAACUUUAACCACAUUUUGUCCAGCACAUGCUUCUUUCUAUGAAAAUCAGGCAAUAAAAAAUGAAAUGAAUAAUAAAAGCAAUCGUAACAAGUAGUUGUUCAACUGAUAAUUGUAGACUGAUAAGGAUGUAUGUCUCAAAAAGAAAAAGUUUAUUGAACCAAUAGGUUUGUCCAAUAUUAAUUUUGUCCAACACAAAUUCCUGCAUUGGACACAAGGCCACUCACUGUACUUGUAUAUACAAAAUAAUUUUUAUAUAAUUCCAAGGCGAAUAAUCAGUUAGCUCACUUUCUGUAAAUCCAAGUCCAGGGCAGUAAGAAGGUUAUUGCUGAUGUACAUUUGCACAAUAUAGAUCACAAAACACCUAACUAAGGUGAUGAGCCAGCAGCUCUGCAGUAGUUUACCACCAUUUUUUGAGUAGAAUCACUGAUCCAUGCAUUAAAAUUCAAACAUUAUAUUUAUUACUAUUGAAGAUAUCUUGUCAGGGGUUUCGAUAUUAAUUGCUUACUAGUUAGUGCUUAAUAUCUUUAGUGUAGUAAGGUUUUGGAUAUAUGUAUUUGACUUUCAGUACACACACUAUAUUGCCAUUUACAACCUUUUACAGUACUUUAACUGGCUAACACCUAUGCCUUAGUGAUUAGACCUUUAAAAAGUUUUUAAUUUGAUGGGAAUGUGGGCGUAUGGUCUCCUAGCAAGGGAACACAACUGUUGACGAGAUAAGUUCUCAAGUCUUUCCUCCAGGCCUUGACCUCCCCACUUCACAGGUGAGGGGAUUUAUGACCAUUGUCAUAAGUAACAUGGUGCUAACACACACACAGUGAGUAUAGUAGGAAAUGGGAUUUUAUGUCAAAGCUGAGUAUUGAAUGAUGCACUAUUGUAAAUCAAUAAAUAAAACUACCUUGUAAUUUUCAA